UUACCGUUGUUUUCAAUAUGUAAUUCAAAAAUCUGUAAAUGUCCGUAGCAUAAGAUAAAUGAUGAUUUUAAAGCUUCCCCCAAUGAAAAUAGUCAGAAUAUUCACUCCGUAAUAAUUGACAACACAAACAUUUGAAAACUUUUCUUGAUUUAUUCCUUGAUUCACAUUCCAAUAUUGCUUUAAAAAUGUAUCCAUAAAGGUAUAAGAAACGUUAGUUGUAUACAAUGUAUCUGUCCAAAUAUAAAGUAGGAGAAGAAGAGGAGCAAGAGCGCACUAAGAGUAGAUCCUCUGGCAGUAAACAAUCCCUAGUUCGACCCAAAAGUGGCCAUCCCAGUAGUCAAUCUAAAAAUCGCCAACCAAAGCAAGGACAUACGGGGAGUGGGAGCAUUCAGCGCAAGCAUGCACAGCAUGGGAGUGGAGGAAACAGAGCAGCCUCAGAAAAAAGACUAGCGGAAGCUAUGAACAGGAUGAAGAUGCAAGCAGGUGAUGAGAGUGAAGAAGAUGACGAUGAGGAUGAAGAUGAAGAAGAAGAAGAAGAAGAUACAGAUACUGAAAGGGUUAAGUUAAAACAGAGAUCUAGGAACACUAUAGAUGAUAGGCCAGCCUGGCAGGACCCUAAGACAAUCAACUCUAAGGUGCCACAUCCUAUGACAUUAACACACAUAAACCAAACAAAGGCCCUUGUGGCUUCCCAGGGGUUGGAGGCUGCAUUCUCUGAGGGCCAGAGUUCUACAGAAUGGCUCGGCCAGCACAGUGUAGAAGGCAUGAAACUUUCCCUCAGAUAUUUAAUAGCCAAAAGCAAAGUCCAUAAACCAAGUCAUAAAGAUGGCAGCACCAAACAGCACUUAUCGUUUGAGGCUGGGGACAUCACUGAAUUUGAAUACAAGCUGAAUAUUGCAAUAGAAAUGUAUACAAAGAGAAUCAAAUGGCUGCUAGCAGGGAGCAAGAGGGUGUUUGGUCUUGUGAAAGGUUCUAGAGUAGCAGUGUGUAUUGACACAUCAGACGCUAAUUGUGGAUUUGGCAGGUUGACAGCCUUCCAAGAAUCUUUACUGCACUUGAUAGAUGAGCAGUUAUCAUCUAAAGACAAGCUCUACCUGAUGUCAUUUGGUUCUGACAUCAAAUGUCUAUGGAAUCAUGUCAGGGAUGUCAACUGUCGAAUUUUGGAUGAAGCUAAGGACUUUGUAUCUCGCCUACAGCCAACUGGGGGCUGCAACCUGAUGAAAGCUAUGAAGCAGGUCUACAAGAUGAAGGACAUCAACUCUAUUGUGCUUAUACUUGGAAGUGUGCCAGACCAGAGCUCUGAGAUCUUAUGUGACUAUGUAUCCCAGAUGGGAGCUGGUCUCAAUCGACCUCUACAUACAGUGGCAUAUGACCAAAGCAAUCAUCUCACAAAUAUGACAUUAAGAAAUGUAGCAGAUGAAUCUCAUGGUCGCUACCACUGCUACACAGCCACCUGUGAGGAGCAGAUAUAUACAGGGACAGAUAUCAGCCUUCUCCUGAAGGAGAUCUCUGAGGCUCAGGGAGUCAUCAAUAAGAUUAAAGAAAUGAGGCAAGGCAUGCUGGGAGAUGCAUUAAUCAGCGUCAUGAAUGAGAUUUCUACUGAGGUAUCUAAGCUCCCUGCCUCUAGGUUCCUCCCCAGGCCCCCUGGACACAUGAACCCCCUGAGACUAGAGAUGCCCAAGUUCCAUGCAGAUGCAUCACAAGAUUGGCUAGCCAAACAUGGACUUAAAGCUCGAAAGCUUGACCUCUAUCAGGUCUUAUCUCCUGACGCCUAUUCCUACAAGGAGGAAUUCAUUCCUGUUAUUAGGCGCACAGUGCAAUCAAAGAUCCAUGAGAAAGCUAUGGCUCAGUUCACUUGGCAUGAUGGCUCAGUGCGCAAUGUUCACGUUGAUAUGGCUCGUUUGUUUGAGUACCAGAAACAGCUAGGUGCCACUGUGAAACUCUACGAGAGACGCGUUGAUUGGCUCUCAACUGAUAGCAGGAAACUAUUUGGAACUAUUUCGGAGAAAAACAUCAUAAUCCUGAUAGACUUGUCUCAGAGUAACUUCAAUUACUUGGUGCACAUCCAACAUUCUUUACGUCUUGUCUUUGAGCAGCAGCUGGCCAACAAAGAGUACUUUAAUCUCAUUGGAUUUGGUAGUACAGCAAGGUACUGGAAACAGACUAUGAUGAAGCCUACCCCAGAGAACCUCCAGCAAGCAUGGAAAUGGGUGCUUGACCUGCAGUGCGAGGGAAGCAGGAACUUUAUGGAUGCCUUGAGGCUGGCUGUGGAGAAUGAUGAGGAAGCAAAGCAUGGUAUAGAGGUUGAAGGAAUCUACCUGUUUGCCAGUGGAAUCCCAGACCAACCUUCAGACGUAUGUGUGUCAUACGUAGAGGAGGCCACUGCCGGGCGCUCCCUCAAGGUGCACUCAGUUCUGUUCAACGUGGAUGACUAUGACGCUCAGGGUGCCAUCCCUGGUCGCUAUGCCAACAUCACCAAGACAUCUGAAGUGAUGAGAAGUCUUUCACAUUGUACUGGUGGCAGGUUCCAUUGGUUCAGAGAAACAGGUAUCAUAGAAAGUGAUGACAUCACAGCAUUGACCAAUGAGGUGGAUAAAGCAAUCAACUUUUCCCGGAAAUGUUCUAUGCUAGUUGAACAAGUCAAGAAGAAAUAUCCGAAAUGCUAUGAUGACCGCUAUUUUGAAGAACUCCGUCCACUCCCUAGUUCACGUGUUAGUAACAAAAUCAAAGCCCUACCCCCUCCCAAGCAGACAGCUUUGUCUAUAGCAAGACUGGAGCUGAAUGAAACUAGAGAUGUGGAAGAAACCACAGUUAAAGCUAUUGGCUGGAGACCUGAGAGUGCAAAGGACUCUAGUAAAGUUGCUGUUGUGCGUGGCGUUGUCCGCCCAAGACCUCAGUCAGCCAAAGAUCCCAUGCAGAAAGUUAAAAUCACCAAACCAAAGGUCAAAGAACAAGUCUUCUAUACUGAAGACAAAAAUAAUGUUGGUGGUGUGAUUAACAAAUACCCUAAAUUGAAGACAGUCAGAAAGGAGAUCAGAGACCCCAAUUUGCCAUCUAAAGAGGAACAGAUGACAACUAAAGAUUGGUUGAAACUCUACAGUCUGAGUAAACUGAAGUUAGACCUCAACAAGCUGGUAGCUGGUCCAGAUUGUAAACAUGUAGACAACCAUGUGAAGUCAAUCAAUAAAAAUGUAUCUGCCAAAGUGUGCAAUGUGUUCCCCAGUAUCAAUGUGAAAGGGACAAUCAAACACCUCCAGCUGCUGCCACAUGAGCUCGAACACUAUGAGGAGAUAGUUGCUAAAGUACUUAAGAGAUACCUGAAGAGGUUACAGUGGCUGCUCUGUGGAAGUCGUAGGGUGUUUGGCACAGUGUGCCACAAGAGGAUGAUAUUGUUGAUCGAUAUCUCAGGCUCUAUGGACCAACAUUUGGAAGAACUGAAGAGAGAACUAGCAUCUCUUAUAUGGGACCAGUUGUACAAGGGGAAUACAUGUUUCAAUUUGAUUGCAUUUUCACGGACAUGCACAAAAUGGCAGGCAACAAUGGUUCCAGCCAAUGAAGAAAACUGCCAUGACGCAAUCCGAUGGAUCUCAGAACUACGCUGUGUCGGCAAUACAUGCACCUUGGAAGCACUAGAUAUGGCCUUUGGUGAUCCGAGUGGUGUGGAUAGUAUUUACCUGUUAACGGAUGGGAAGCCGGAUACCAGCACAUCACUGGUGCUUAAGGAAGUGGCGAGACACAAUAUUGACAGACACAUUCCUGUUAACACUAUCUCAUUCAACUGUGAUGACAGCACUGCAAAUAGUUUCUUGAAGUUGUUGGCUGCGGAAACGAGUGGGCGGUACCAUCGUUGCCAUAGUAACUUUGAUGCUGAUCUGUUUACACACAAACUCCUAGAGGAAGGCUUCCAUGAUUAUGAGCACCCCCAUCUGCCAGAUUUUGAGGGUGAUGAUCUUAGACGUCUCGGGGCAGAAAUUGCGCAAUGUCGAAGAUUUAUUGCACAAUCUCGGUCAUACAGAGCACUCUUUCCUAACAACACUAAGUCUGAGGAUACUUUUGAUAAAAAGAGUCCGAGACCAGUGCCGUUUGUUGUGAGCAGGCCCAGAUACUCAGCAACACAAUGAUCUUACAUCUAACUACGCAUUCAGCUGGAUUGCCACUUCAUAAUAUAUAUAUGAACAGAUCUAUGUGAGCAGCAUGUGUACAGAAUCACAAGACUAUUUGUGCAGAAACAACUGAAAAUCAUCAAUGAGAAAUUCCUGAACGAUGUUCUAAUCAUGUAGUGUUAGUCUGAAAUCUUGAUUAUCCUGAUGUAGACAUUUGAAAGUUUCAUAAUGCAUUGUUGUAAAUAACAAUAAGCAAUUUAUAUGAAAUUAUUAUUCACUGGUCAGGUCUGUAGUCAUAGAGGAUUUAUGGAAUCCAUUUGACUCCCUGUGAAAUAAAGAACCUCUUUUAGAAAAUCCUGGCUAGAUGCCUGCUUCCUGCUAGUGGGUUAACUUCAUUUGAACCUAGGAA